UUGGCAGUGAUCGAUUCUCAGCUCUGUGUCACUGUGAGAAGCUUCUACACAAUAACAAACAUAUACAAGUUUCUCUUUCAAGCUUCAGCAACAAGAGUAUUAUAAUGAGACGUCGACGCAAGUUUCAAGUAACGAGUGCAAGUGAGCGAGCCAAAUUUGUGCUUAUGCGAGCUUGUGGUAUGUCUUUCAGUGCCAUUGCUCGAGCGACUGACGUCAGCGUGUCCACCGUCUUCAGAUGGAUACAACUCUGGCUGCAGGAAGGUCUAGAACACAUUGCACGUGAAGCAAAUGCUGUAUUUUACGAAGUGGACGUUAGUGCCGGUACUCCGCCACUUUCACCGACUUGGAUGAAGUACAUACAUCCUUACCCAUUCACUUAUGAGCACCAACAUCCUCUUCAUUACACCCACGGGAACAAAUUCAGAGUCCAACCUCUUUCGAGCAUUUACAGCGUCUGGAAGUGGUAUACAAAACUGAACCAGCAUUUAAUAUAUUUCUGGAUAAAUCAUUACCAGCGAGCACUUCAAAUGAGGGAAACAGAAUAUCUUCCUAGAAUUCUGGAACAUUUGCACUGGAGGCUGUACUUCGCAGUCUUUCUCAUCGAAAAGCUGAAAGGUAAUAAUAACGAGAAACUGCUAAUAUCUUUAAUGACAAAAAUUAAUAAAUGAUCAUUGUCGAGUUUCUAAUAAAAAAAUAUUUCCUGGAUACUUGGUAUCAGCGAUAUUCUCAUUGUAAAUUGAUUGAUUUUUGUAUAUAAAUGGUGUAUUGCUGAUAAUGACAAUAGGGAGACAUUUAGCCCAAGCGAUGGGGUUUAUCAAGUCACAAAUAGAUGAACCGUGUAAAGGAGGGGAGCAAUGGUAGGAGAAGAGUUGGGUCAUUGAGCCUCAGGUCACACUGGAUCGCUAACAUCUUGGAUGUUUUCUGGGCAGAAAAGUUGAAGUUGUUGGAGAUAUGGAUGGGUGCAGAUCUAAGGCAUCGUCUCCGGUAGUGUGCCAUCCAAUUAUUAAGUUGUUGUGGGACUUAAUGUGCAUUACAGAGACAUUAAAGCUAUCUAUUCUGUUAUUAUACUGCUUUUUAAAAUGAAUGUGUUGAAGUGCCUUGAAGUUUAACCUAAGUAGAUUCUAUCUCAGUUGUUACAUGCUGUAUACCGCAGCAGCAACUGAGUUAUGUUGGUGGUGUUUAUGUUCUGUGACAUCCCUAACGCUGGCAGUUGUGUUGACUUUGCUGUCAACAGAAAUAAAAGAUUGAUGGACUGAACUCCAAGCUGAAGGACUGGUUACCUCAAACUCCUCCUCUCCUUAUACCUUCCUGCUUUAUUUAGGACUGAUGAAGCCAC